UAGUGCUCACGCAUUUUCUGCGAUGCAGAAAAAUAUACCGGUUCCUUUUCUGCCAUACUAUUUUCUGUAUAAUACAAACUAUAAGUGACUAAUUCGUUAUUUGUGAUUUGAGUCAUAAAAGAAAACAUGGCCGUGUCGCAUCAGUGGUUCGUUCAAUGGUCCGCGCCAUCGAUGCUCUUCGCUGAUAUAACUAGUCAAUACAACAAAGUAAAUGAACAUUUUGGUAAUUUGGAAACGAAAUGGAUUAGCUCGUCGGAAUCUAGUAUCCACCGUUAUAACAACAGAAAUGUGUAUAAUGGACGGUUGCAGGCUCUUAGAGAUUAUAGUAAAGAAACUUUGGAAAGACAUAAACCAAAUGAUCGCUCCCGAUCUGCCGCUAUAACGCUAUGGCUAACAGUAAUGGGUUUGUCGCAACCUCAGCUGCUGCCAGCCGAUAAUGAGACGCCACCCUUCAGUACGCUGUAUAAAUGGAAAAAUGUUGACUUCGAAUUCCCUUCAAUCGGGCAUCGCAGAGAAGCGCUUGCUACUGGAAAAUUUGUUCCGGAAAGUGUUUUACCUCUUGGUUUAGAGGUAUGGGGUUCAAGAAUAUGGGUAACCUUACCAAACUGGAGAAGCGGUGUACCAGCUACCUUGGCUACGGUGCCGCGAGCUGGAGGUGUCAUCUCACCCGCGCUUAAGCCGUAUCCAGACUGGAGUUAUCAUACAGCACUUAAUGAUGAUUUCAAUUGUACGAAAAUGAUAUCAGUCUUCCGAGUCAAUACGGACCCGUGUGGAAGGCUCUGGGUUUUAGACUCCGGCAAAAUCAAUGCGCAAGAUAAUUCAGUACAAGUCUGCCCUCCGAGCAUCUUCGUGUUUGAUCUACUUACAGACAUGCUUAUAGCACGUUAUCUUAUACCCGACAACUAUGUACUGCAGGACUCUUUGUUUGCGAAUAUAAUACUAGAUACAAAAACAUCAGAUUGUUCAGAUCUACACGCGUAUAUAGCGGACACGUGGCGUUUUGGAUUAAUAGUUUUCAGGCAAGAAGAUGGAAUGUUUUGGAAAUACUCUAAUCCGUUAUUCUACCCGGAUCCUUUAGCGUCAAACUUCACUCUACACGGUCUCAAUUUUCAAUGGAGCGACGGAAUAUUUGGGCUCGCUUUAACCCCCGUAGAUCAUUUUCGGGAGAGAAUGCUAUUUUUCCAUUCUCUAUCAAGUUACCGAGAGUUUUAUGUGCCAACUUCAGUGCUACGCAGACCAUCACAAGUUAACAACAGUUUUUCGGAGUUUAAUCUCGUGGGCGAGAGUCGUGGGUUAUACGGACAAUCAUCAGCUUCGGCUUUUGAUGAUCGAGGAGUUAUGUUUUAUGGUUUAGUUUCCCGAGACAGUAUCGGUUGUUGGGACAGCAAUAAGCCGUAUCGAAAGAGAACCCUAGGCACAGUGGCAGAAAACGCAGAAACAUUAAUAUUUCCGAAUGAUAUCAAAAUCAAUCAAGGUGAACAACAAAAUGUGUGGGUAAUUUCUAAUAAACUGCCCAUGUUUCAGAAUGGUUCUUUAGAUUCCGAUGAUUAUAAUUAUCGGAUUCUUUAUGCAGAUACGAAAGAGGCUGUGCGCGGAACAGUCUGCGAUCCUGCCAUCAGAAUUCCAAUUCGUAGAUUACUAGUGAACCGGAGAUAACUAUACUGCCAUACUACAAAAUAAA